AUGAAGGUCAUCGAGAACAGGGCCAUGAAGGAUGAGGAGAAGAUGGAGCUCCAGGAAAUGCAGCUGAAGGAGGCGAAGCACAUAGCAGAGGAGGCUGACCGCAAAUACGAGGAGGUUGCCCGCAAGCUGGUCGUCCUUGAGGGAGAGCUGGAACGCUCUGAGGAGAGGGCAGAGGUGGCAGAGAGCCGAGUGAGACAGCUGGAAGAAGAGCUGCGGACCAUGGACCAGACCCUCAAAUCCCUCAUUGCCUCAGAGGAAGAGUAUUCCACCAAGGAGGACAAGUAUGAGGAGGAAAUCAAGCUUCUAGGGGAAAAACUGAAGGAGGCUGAGACCCGAGCGGAGUUUGCAGAGAGGUCUGUUGCAAAGCUGGAGAAAACCAUCGAUGAUCUAGAAGGUAAAAUGUCCCCGCUGGCCCC